CAUGAUUGAAAUCAGACGUCCUCUCUCAGAAAAGAAUUUGGGCAAUAGAUCAAGUAAGGAAUUAUAAAGACCUAAUUCAUCUAAUUAAUCUAAUUCAUAAUCAAAAUAGACUUUGUAGACUAUGAAAAGUUCAAUACAAUUAUAAAAACAGAGUCAAAAUUUUUAUUCCAAAUAUUUUAGUUAUAAGGAUUAAAAGGAAAAUAUUGAAAUACGUUCCAAUUAAGAAAGAAAUCAAUCUGCCAAAAUUAAAUAAUCACCUUAAGAUUAUUAAAAAUUAUAAGAAAAAUUACUCUAUUUAGAGAAUAAAAUCUCAUCUAUUAAAUCCCAUAUUGAUAAUAGUUAAAGACAAACUAAAAAUAAUCUUGCUUCUAAAUUUUUUGCAUAAAAUACUAAAAAUAACUAAACCUCAACUUCAGUUCAAAAAACAGUAUCAAUAGAUUUUACAAACAGAGGAUAAAAAGAUUAAUAAACUAAAGAAUAAAGAGAUUAGACACCUGUAUAAUAAAAUAAAUUGAAAUCAAGCACUCUUAUAAAUAAUAAUGAAAGUAAAAUUGAAGGCACUAUCAUUAAAAAACCAAGUCUAUCAACUUUUGUUACUUAAGUAAAGGCUCCAUUAAAUGAAAAUAAAACUAAUUUUAAGAAUUUGAGACCAGAAUCAGCUAAAGCUAGUAAUACAAUAAAAGAAAAUUUUAGGAGGAAAACUUCUUAAGAGAAAAAUAGUAAUACUGCAUUUUUAUAUUAUAUUUCUUCUAUAAUCAAAGGUUACAUGCAAAUUGAUAUUACUAAACCUAUUGAACUUAUUAGAGAGCAUCUAUUAUAAACAAUGUAAGCUUCAAUUUUUUAAAAAUCAGUCAAAAUUACUAAUAAUUUUGAAGAUAAAAAAAUCAAUUUACCUACAACUAAUAAGAAAACUAUAGUUUUUGAUUUAGAUGAAACAUUAAUUCAUUGUAAUGAGUCUAUUCAAAUACCUGGUGAUGUCAUUUUACCAAUAAAAUUUCCAUCUGGAGAAAUCAUUGAAGUAAAUAGAAGUCUUAUUAAAUUAGGCAUCAAUAAAUAUUCGACCAUAUGCCUAGUAAGUAUUAUAGACUUUAAAAAAACACUUUGAAAUAAUAGUAUUUACUGCCUCUCAUUCUUGUUAUGCUAAUGUUGUUAUUGAUUAUUUGGAUCCAAAUAAAAAUAUAAUUUCUCAUCGAUUUUUUAGAGAUAGUUGUGUAUAAACAGAAGAAGGUGCUUAUAUCAAAGAUUUAAGAGUCAUAGGAAAUAGAGCUAUGAAUGAUAUGGUUUUAGUUGAUAAUGCAGCUUAUUCAUUUUGUCUUUAACCUUUAAAUGGAAUUCCAAUAAUAAAUUAUUAUGAUAACAAGAUGGACUAAGUAUAAUUGUAAUUUAUAUUUUAGGAAUUACUAUAUUUAUAGAAUUAUCUGAUUUCUUUAAAGUCAGUUAGAGAUGUUAGAUAAUAUAAUAGUCAGAAUUUAAAAUUAGAUAAAUUAUCUUAAUUUUCUGAUCCUAUAGAAUUGUUGCAAUAAUUAUACAAAGAUUAUAUUCCUUGA